UCUGCUGCCAGUUACCUCGACCGACAAUCGCCACUGAAUUCAUUAUAACUUACUUAGUAUUUCGUGGAAUGGUUUGUGUAUCAAUAGAAAUUUCGUAUUUUUAAUAAAUCGAGAUCUGGACGACACGUAAAAUGUCACUGUGUGUAUCAACAAGUUAGUGAGGCGUAAUGUAUCUAUAUCAAUUAAUUCGAAUACACACACUUAAGCCGUCUAAUUUCCGUCAGUGUUAAGCGAAUCAGAGGGGAGUUAAGUUAGCCGUGGGGCUAAUUACUAUUGUUCUUGUACAAAUGUGAUGUUUUAAGCGCUUUAAUACGCACGCGUAACCAACUCGGAAUAAUGUACUAUUGUUGUUAACAAUAGAGACACCAAAAACAGCAAUUGUAUCGAUGAAAAAGUUUAGGAAAUUAACCCUUGCUUGGUUUGACAUACAGUAAUUAGAAAUCUUCCCGGGUUUAUAGUAUAUUCAGGAAACGGAAAAUGGUUGGAGUGGCACAAUCAGAAAACGUUUCAAUGGACAAAAAUUCAUUUCUGAAUGCCUCCAUUGGUUGACAAUGAAAUCGAACGGUGAAACAUAAAUAAUCUUUAUAUCGAGAGCACCGUAUAUAAGAUAAGAAAUUUCUGUGCAACCCCAGAAAUCACGGUACAUUCUUCUAGAUAAGAACUCAUAUGCGAAGUUGGUAAAAUCAUUUUUCGUUACGGAACUUACGAGGAAAGGUUUUCUUUUUUACGCUGGAAACCUAUAGGUAGAAUACAGUAAUUUAGCAAAGCGUGGGAUGAAAUUACUGCUAUCAAUAAUUUAUGAUAAGUGGAAUAUAUCUUAGGUCACUGUCUUAAGUUUUGCAGGGUCAAAUAGAUACCUGGCUAUUGAACAAGAUGGCUAUCGAGAAGAUAAGCGGUAAUGUCGAAGUGAAACUAAAUUCACGAGAAAACGAACUCAAACACACAACCGAUAUGUUUUCCCUAGAAAAGACAGUAAAACCUUCAACGAAAUCUGUUUUGUCGAAUAAAUCCCGGCGCAAAUCAAACAGAAAUGAAAAUCAGGAUAAGAAAUCCACGGCAGCUACAAGUGCAAAGGAUAAAGAGCCACACCUGGUCGCUAGGCGGAACGCACGCGAGCGACGUCGCGUCCAACUCGUGAACGACGGUUUCUUACGGCUUAGAAAAAAGAUUCCGACAGAGCCUAAGAACAAGAAACUAUCGAAAGUAAAAACGCUUCGUUCGGCAAUAAAUUAUAUUUUACAUUUGCAACAGUUGGUUGAUGAAGAAAAUGAGAGACAACGGGCGUUGCAUGAGAUUCAACAGCAACAGCAACAACACCAGCAACAACAGCAACACCAUCAGCAACAACAACAACAGCAACAUCAACAACAGCAACAGCAAUCGUUGUAUAAUUGGAAUCAUUUCAACUUACAUUCAAUGAAUAAUCGGAGCUUCAAUUACAACGAUGCGGGAACCCCGUAUGUGUAUUAAAACAGUAUAUUGUAAUUUAGAUUGAUUAUUGCUGCAAUAGGCCUACUGAACCAGCUACUCGCUCAAAAGAAAAAAUAAUCUGAUGGAGAAGAAGUGGGCACUUAUUCGUAAUUAGGCCUAUUACUCUUCUAAACCGCUUCAGGCAUAAUUUGAUGCCUAGAGUGGUGACAUUGUUGAUUCUUACAAACAGUUUCCACAAAGUACUGUACCUUGGUUUUGUCAAUAUGGACCUUUAUACUAAGCUCCAGCCCAGGAUAUUGUUGCUAAGAAAGCCCCACAACGACGGCGUAAAUGUUCUGUACGUAAACACGAUUCUUGGCCUGUAAUGAUUGCUCAUUUGUUUAAAUAUGAUUGCUCCGGAAAGGUUGAUUGGAAAUUGAAGAUAAAACAUUGACCAUGUUGAAGAGACCUCUUGUAAAUAAUAUAGAGCAACAUUGUGCAUUGGAUGAUUGUUGUAUGGACAGAGCAUUUUAAAAAUGUUCAUGGCCCAUGAAGGCACGUGCUAUGCUAAUACACUUGUUAUUUUCUCCAGCCAGAGAGCACAUUGUUCAUACGAUGUCUUUAUGUCGGUAAAAGACUGUAAAUCGUUCUAUAAUUGUAAUAUAGAAAGGCAAUCGUUCUAUAAUUAUAAUAUAGAAAGGCAAAACCCGUUGUGCUUUUGUACAUUAAAAUCUGGCAAACUGAGUACCUUAUUCUUGAGGUGGUUCAUACGUUUACACAUUUUUUUUUGUUAUCUACCAUUUAUUUCAUUUAAAUAUAUUUUCUGAGAUUCUGUUGUUUGUUUCAAACACA